CAAUGUGACCAAUUUUCCCUAGUUUUGUUUAGAGAACAGUUCAUAUUAAACGGAAAGCUUAAAGAAAUUGAAACGUUAUUAAAUUAUUUUUCUAUCUUACAAAAUAUUUUUUUUAUUUUUUUACAAAAUAUUAUUUUAGUUUUAUUUUUCGCUAAAAUUUUUAUUAUGGCUAAUAUAUUUAACUUAUUUGGUGAAAUAUCAGAAUUUCAUAAAGGUUCAACUACAAAACCUUUAGCAAGAUCAAAAACAUGUCUAGGUAUAAAUGGUUCUUUAAAGAAUAUUAGUCAAUCAAAACCAAAAGGAUUAUCAAUUAGAUCUAGUUCUGAUUUAAAUGUACCUGAAACUGUGCAAGCUACUUUCAACAAACAACAAGAAUUGUUAAAACCAAAACUAACACAAUUAAAUAAUGAUGGCCAUCUAAUAUCACCUAGGAAAAAUAUUUUAUCAGAAAAACUAAAUACAUUUUCUAUAAAAAGAAAAGAUAUAUCUCCAAAAAAAGAACAUGUAAAAUCACCUUUAUCAUAUAAUGAAAAUAUUUUUAAAAAGCCAUUACUUUUAAAAAAUCAUAUUAAAAAAUUAUAUUCUGAACCAGAAAAUCUAGCACCAUAUUGUGAUAUGCAAUUUGAAUUUGAUGAUGUUUAUACUAAAGAUAUAGAAAAUGAAUUUAAAGAAUUACUUAAAAAAAAGGAAAAUAAAAUAGUACCUUAUGAAGAUGAAUUUGAAUUAGAUCAAGAGCAAAUUAAGUUUGAAAUACCAAAAUUAUGUAUAUCACCUAUAUUUGAUGAAGAGUGGAUACAAUAUAAGAUUCCUGAUUUACCAGAAAUAUCUAAUGAAUUUUAAAUAUGAAAUAUAAUAAAUUUUAAAUAUAAAAAUGUUCAUUUAGUUUAAAAUUUUUUUUUAUCAAUAAUUUAAUAAUAUAAAAUAAUUUAGAACAAUUAUGUUAUGUUAAAAUAUAUCUAAAGCAUAUAAAAAAUCAACUUUAAUUAAUUUAUUUAUAUUAAUUACUUGAUUUUUAAAAAUUGAAUACUAAUUAUAUAUUCUGACAUUAAAAUUAAAAAAUUUUCAAAAUUGAUUAAUUAAUAAUUGGCUCUUGAAUAUUUAUAUAUUUAAGAUCUAUUAUAUAAAAAAAAAUUAAAAAUAAAACAAAUAAUUUAAUAAA